CAGUGGUUCGGAAGACUUUCGGGCUGAAAUCCAAUAAAUCUCCCCGGAAAAAAAAGAAAUCCAAUAAAUCUGAAGUUCGGAUUUUAGUAUUUUCCGAAAAUAAAAGAGCGAGACGGCGGGCGACUCCGAUGCGGUCGCACGGUGGGGGGACGAGGCGAGGCCAUGUGCAGCGAAGCGAAGGGCGGGCGACGCGGCCGUAGGGUUCCAUCGAGCGCGCGACGGCGCGAGAGGUUCUGCGACGCGGCGCUGCGGCUGUCCCGUGAAGCUGAUCCGCCGAAAUGCGCCACUUUCCGCCGGCGAUCAGUGGAGAUGGCUAUGGGGCUCAAAUUUUCGAAAUUUGUUGGUUCCUGCGGUUAUGCCUCAAGGAUAUUAAUUUCAGAUGGCUGAAGUGUUUUGUUUGACAGAGAAUGUGCUUCAGUAUUAAGUUCGAGGCACUGAUCCCCAAGCCAAGGAGCCGAUGCCGCCAGGAGGAGGAGGCGAGCAUGGCUGCACGGGGCAGCACCAUCCAUUGGCGACCGGUCGCCGUGACGAGGGCGCUUCGUCCUAUCCUAUGCCGCCGCCUCCCCUCAUUGUUCCCGUAGCUUCUGAGAAGAAGAAGAAGAAGAAGAAGAAGCAGGAGCAGGAGCAGGAGCAGGAGCACGAGAAUAACCCUGCUGGGAGCCUUCCUGAGGGCCCCCUUGUCGAGAUCCUAUCCCGGGUGCCCUACAAGUCACUGUGCCGCUUCAAGUGUGUGUCCAAACCGUGGCAAGACGAAGACGAAGAUGAAGUCGAAGAAUAUUUGUGUUUUGAUCCAGCCGUCCCCUCCAGUUUCGUGGUACUCACACACACUUGGGAUUUCACAGAAGUGGCAAUCUACUCAUCAGACACUGGACGAUGGACUACGGUGGAGAGUGGUUGGACUGAUGAGGCUCCUGUUGGUCUUCCUGUCUUCCUGAAUGGUACUUUACAUUUGAUGACCCCUGAAUAUGCAAUAGUCACAGUAGACACAGAGGGGAAGGUUUGGGGGCAAAUUGAUAUUCCAGGCAACAUGCGAGACAGCUCUGAUUAUCCGUUCAUUGGACAGUCUCAGGGACGAUUGUAUGCUUGGUGUAUAAAUGAUAAUAUUGAUGUUUGCCAACUUUCAGUUUGGGCUCUUGAGGAUUAUGGUGGUGCAAAGUGGGCCUUGAAGGAUUGUUAACAUUUCAGAACUGUUUGGAAGGAAUUGUUGCAAAUAUGUGGAGCCCUUAGCAAUUCAUCCAGAUUGUGAUUUGAUUUUCCUUGCUGACCGGAGGGGGAAGGCUAUCUCAUAUGAUAUGGACAGCAAGAAAGUGCAUGUUAUCGGCACUUACAAAACAUUCGUUGGUGCUGUACCUUAUGUUCCAUGUUUUGCGGAAUGGCCGUCAGAUGGUCACUGACCUUGCUGGAACUAUAUUGUCUUCAUAAAUUUAGCCAUGGAGAAUAUGCAACACCUAGCAACACCUUCCAGUAGCUAAUGCUUACUUGUAUGAAUGAGUCUAGGUAUUUGAUGUAUCGGCUGCAUCUAGUGCUAAUCAUUAUGGUCACCUGUUAGCUCUUGGUGUGGGGUAACUGUGAGGGUAUAUUAUCUAUGUUUGAAAUUGGUUGGAUUUUCACCUCUUUAUUUUUCGUUUAAGACUGGAGAUGCUUAUCUCUUGUUGCAAGUACAUUUAUCUUUUAUGGACAACUUGUUAUCCAUCAGUUCUGAAUA